GUUUGAUGUCAGGAGCUCGUGAGAUAUCAUCGUUUCUCAGUAACUUACUUUAAACACCAGAUUGGAAUCUCCUUUAUAGCUCGUGUUCACAUCACUUUUAAUUCAUCCCGGCAUCGGACGGUCAGCGGGACGCACCGGGAACACAUCGCAGGAGGUUAUGUGAAGUUGGAAUCUCGUUAAACUAAUGCUGUGAAGUGGCUCUGUCCCUGGAGCCGAAGCUUCAUCCCCUCGGUGUCAGCGAGGAUGCUGUGGGUUACCUUGCUGAGCACCAUAGCCUUAGGAUGGACCACCCCGAUGCCAAUGCUGGAGGACUCGGAGGAGAUCGACGAGCCCUGCUUCGAGCCUUGCUACUGCGAGGUCAAGGAGGGCAUCUUCCACGUCCACUGUGACAGCAAAGGAUUUACAAAUGUUAGCCAGAUCUCACAGAUAUGGAGUCGGCCCUUCAAGCUCAAUCUGCAGAGGAACUCGAUGAGGAAGCUUUACUUCAACAGCUUCCUCCAUCUGAACAAUGCCAUAUCACUUAAUCUGGGUAACAAUGCCUUGCAAGACAUCCACGCAGGAGCGUUCAAUGGUUUGGGAAUACUCAAACGGCUGUUCCUACAUGAAAACAAACUGGAGGUUUUCCGGAAUGACACUUUUCUGGGGUUGGGGAGUUUAGAGUACCUCCAGGCGGACUACAAUGUUAUCAAACGGAUUGAAAGUGGUGCGUUCAGGCACCUUCACAAAUUAAGAGUGCUCAUACUAAAUGACAAUCUGAUCCCUGUGCUACCGAAUUAUCUUUUCCGGUCUGCGUCGCUCACACAUCUGGACCUGAGGGGAAACAGACUAAAGACUUUGCCGUAUAAAGGCAUGCUGGAGUACGUUGGGAGGAGCCUAAUGGAAAUCCAGCUGGAGGAGAACCCCUGGAACUGUGUGUGUGAGAUUGUCCAGUUAAAAACGUGGCUGGAGAGAAUCCCCUACACAGCUCUGGUUGGUGAGAUCACAUGUGAGAACCCGUUCCACUUACAUGGGAAAGACUUACGGGAAAUCAAGCGCAGUGAGCUCUGCCCGCUGUUCUCCGAUGCAGAGAUUGAGGCCAAGCUGGGAAUUCCCCGGAUCCCGUUCAGCAACGAGAACACAUGGCCUACUAAACCUUCCUCCAUGCUCUCCUCCUUUCACAACACAGCCUCUUCUGUGGAAUACAAGGAAAGAGCUGUUAAGCCUACCAAACGACCUCGGCCAACAAAGAACCCCCCAACCCCUCGUAGCAUCUACCCAGGCAUCAACCAGCCCCCUGUUGCUGGCUACCAAACAAGGCCUCCCAUUCCAAUCAUUUGUCCAGCUGGAUGUACUUGCAACCUCCACAUCAAUGACCUGGGGCUAACGGUGAACUGCAAAGACAAAGGCCUCCACAACAUCUCGGAGCUCCUGCCUCGGCCUCUCAAUGCCAAGAAAUUAUAUCUUAGCGGGAACCUAAUACAGAAAAUCUACCGUUCUGAUUUCUGGAACUUCUCAAGCUUGGAUUUACUGCAUUUAGGAAAUAAUCGGAUAUCCUACGUCCAAGAGGGCGCCUUUAUCAACCUGCCCAACUUGAAGAGUUUAUACCUGAAUGGGAACGACAUAGAGAGACUCGCCCCCGGUAUGUUUCGGGGGCUUCAGAUGUUGAGAUAUCUUUACUUUGAGUACAACGUCAUACGUGAGAUACAACCUAACUCCUUCUCCCUGAUGCCCAACCUCCAGCUGGUGUUCCUCAAUGACAACCUGCUGCGUUCCCUCCCCAAUGACGCUUUCGCCGGCACCAACCUUGCACGUCUCAACCUGCGCAACAACUACUUCCUUUUCAUGCCUGUGCGUGGCAUUCUGGAGCAUCUGACCUCCAUUGUCCAGAUUGACCUCCAUCAGAACCCCUGGGAGUGCUCCUGCGAAAUCAUCCCCCUCAAACAGUGGCUGGAGAAGCUCUCUUCCGUCAUCGUGGUUGGAGAUGUCAUGUGCAAGACGCCUGAGUAUGCUUUCGGGAAGGACCUGCGUACCCUGGAGGUGGAGGUCAUCUGUCCUGAGCUCAAGAUCUCUUCAGGCCCCUCUCCUGCCCUGCCUGGAGGGAACGACCUCACCACGGGGAGCUCUGAAAUGGGGGAGGCAGGUGGGAGAGGAGCUGUCCCGCUGUCUGUUCUAAUCCUCAGCCUGCUCAUACUCUUCAUCUCCGCUGUGUUCGUGGCUGCCGGGCUUUACGCCUUUGUUCUCCGUCGCAGGAAGAAGCUCCCCUUCCGGAAACGCUCCGAGGUCGACCUGACGGGGAUCCAGAUGCAGUGCCGGAUUUUCGAGGACCCACCGAGGCAGAGCUGUUCUGGCAACACCUGCACGCCGGAGAAACCGACACCCAGCACGCACACACACACUCACUCUGGUCACACACAUGCCCAUGGUCACGUUUAUGAUUACAUCCCCCACCCUGUGACUCAGAUGUGCAACAACCCCAUCUAUAAACCUCGAGAGGGGGAAAUAGCUGAGGAAGACAGGGCACAUUUUUCAGAUAGGAAAGACAAUGGCAGCAGUAGCAACAGUAACUACAGAACCUUGUUAGAGAAAGAAAGAGAGUGGACCCUGGCCGUCUCAAACUCUCAGCUCAACACCAUCGUCACAGUGAACCAUGCCACGGCUGACAUGGCAGGAUUUCACCAGAACGGAGGGCUCUGUCCCACAGUUAUUGACAGUCAGAGGCCGACACCAACAGUGGGCUUUGUAGACUGUUUGUAUGGGACAGUACCCAAACUAAAGGACAUGCAUGUGGCGCAUGCGCACCCACCAGGCAUGCAGUACCCGGAUUUGCAGCAGGACGCACGGCUGAAGGAGACAUUGCUUUUCACGACGGGGAAAGCCCUCUACCCAGAUCCGUCCCAAAGCGAUUACCUCGAGUUAAGGGCCAAACUUCAAACCAAGCCGGAUUACCUCGAAGUCUUGGAAAAAUCUUACCGGUUUUAACGUCUCUAGCCACAUGGAGAGAGAAAAAAGAAAAACACAAAAUCAUUCACUUUGCCGCCCUCGAAAACAAAAAUCACCCAAUAUCGAAAAAACAAACUUGAAAAAGCAGCAUGAUAUAAAAUAAAUAUUAUAUUACAACAAAGUAUCCCCCCCUCAAAUCACUUUGGAGGAGAGGCCAUUCUCAGAUAUUUCAAUGAAGUGCCUUUUUUUCAGAGUAGCCAGCAAUGUCAACAGCCGUUAUUUUUAUAAUAUAUAAAUAUCUCUAUAUGCCCAAGAAAGAGCAAAAGAGGAAACGAGAGGGGCGCCGGGGAAUAGAACAUACAACACAUCCUAAAAUACAUCUGUCACUAAAACCCCUAUUUAUGGAGUUACCAUGAUGUGAAAGACAAACGGGAGCUGGACGUCUCCCUGACU